UGACGCGUUGCCUCCCCGCAUCCUCCGUGCGCCUUGACCGUGAUGUUCAACACCACGACGUGACCGGGGAAGGGGAGGGUGGAGAAAAAGAAGAAGAAGAAGAAAAACAAACAAACAAAAGAAUACACAACAAGAGAAAGGAAACGUGGCGCUGGAGGAAUCAGUGAUGUCUCUCUCGCCAUGCCGCAUCCCGCCGCGUACCUGCUGCUGCUGCCGCUGCUGCUCACCGUCGCGCUCGCGCUCACCGAGGCCGCGGAGCUGAGGGGUCUCGAGCACAAUGCGGAGACGCCUUCGCGCAAAGGACGUCGGGAGGAGACGGCGACCGCGCCUGCGGAGCCGUUCGCAUCUCUGACGCUGAAGGUGUGGGUGAAGGAUGCAUCCAGUCAGCGGUACCUGAGUGGCGCCGCUGUCCGGGUGUUUGUCAAUGGAUCUCUGCUACAGUCUAGCCAAACUGAGGAAAAUGGAGAAGUGCUUCUGACCGUACCCUACCAACUGGGGGUCACCCUCACUCUGGUGGCCAGCAUGGAGGCCUACAUGCCCACUCAGCUGCCCUGGAAGACCACCAAGAUGCCCAUAUUUUCUGCUGUUACGAUGUCCCUGGUCCCACAAACCCAAGGCAACAUCUGGCUCUUUGAAGAUACUGUAUUGAUAACUCGAAAAACAUCUGACGUGUCAUCACAACCCAUUGUCCAGUUCCCCAAGAGCCUCUUCUUGCUCCCAGAGAACACUACUAUCUCCGCAGUGACUGCGUACCUGACAGUUCCAGCUCCGCCUCCAGAGAAAGAUGGUCAUUUCUGUAGCAUGGGGGUCUUCAACAGCAAAGGAGGAUACAGGAGCAUGAAAUUGAGCCCUGUGGCAGUGCUGAGUGCUCAACUGCUCUCCAAUGGGAAAGAGAUUGACAUCAAAGGGCCAAUCCAGCUCACCGUACCUUUACCAUACCACAGCCAUCUCCGAGCCUCCGACUCCCUGCCUGCCUGGAGCUUUGACAUGACCACAGGUACGUGGGUGAACAAAGGUAUCGGCUCUGUUCGGAUGGAGAGAAAUGGUCUGGUCUGGACCUAUGUGGCUCCUCACCUUGGAAACUGGAUUGCAGCACCAUCUCCAACAUCUAAUGGCUACACAGGACAUGCAACUUCGAUGGAAUUCAUCUCAUACCAUACAUACCUUCUUAUGGGCAUCUUGGGUGGGACUCUUGUGAUCAUCAUUGGAUUUUUAUCUGUGAUUUUAUGUCACUGCAGAGAGUUGAGCCAUGAGACUGAAAGAAAACGAUGGAUCUCCACUAGACUGUCAAUCAUCAAGAAAGACCAAACCACUUCUACCAGCUCAGAUGAAGUCCAUGAGCCCUUGUACAAUAAUGGAGACCAUAACGGAGAUAGGUCUUACUCAGUGGCUGCGAGAGGUGCAGGCGUAUCAGCGUCUCCGCGACAUCAAACCAACUAUAACAUCUACGUCGAUAACGUCUGCCGACCAGCGGGGAACCUGUACGAGAACAUUGGAACUGCAGGCCUAGAGAACCUCAGAGUUACUGUACCAAACUUGUAUGUUAACAGCGAUGAAGUAGCAAAGCUUAGAGAGAUGUCUGACAAGGGCACCCCUUGGCAAGCUCCUGGAGAAAAUUCAACAUAUCGAGAUAAGCUGUUCCACAUCUAUAACCAGCCUGUGGCCAUUGUCCAAGCUCCGGAGCAUUUCCCUGCCCCGGGACAGACCGAGUCCACUGGAAGCCGGUGCGCCACCUUUCCCCGGAACGGCAUGGAGCACGGAGCACAGACUGAGCGAAACCUGAAAGACAGUUUCACUCAGACACUGCCAAAAGUCCCACAACAAGACAACAAUGUGCAGCCUGCGCUAGAAGGCCCACAGAACUCCACUGCCAACCCAGGAAUCUGGGGCCGCUAUAGCCACUUGCUCGAGUCCGUCUCUGUCCCGGGAACCCUGAACGAGGCGGCUGGAAUGGGUACUUUCCAUGGUGAGCUACAAGGAAUAUCUGAGCAGACCCUGCUGGAGCUUUCCAAAGUCAAGCCUUCUCCUCUGCCUCCUCGGGCAUGGUUUGUAUCUUUGGAUGGUAAACCAGCGGCCCAGGUACGCCAUUCCGUAAUCGAACUCCAAGGAAGGCACCGGCCAGGAAGCAGCAAUGACACCAGCCUGGACUCUGGGGUGGAUAUGAACGAGCUUCAGCAGUUGGUACGAAAGAGCGAUCAGGAAGGACCUUCGAUCACCAACAUGCCCAAAGUAGCAAGGGGCCGUGGCCACGAGGAACAAGACUUGAGCAGCAGCGAAAUCGGAAGUCCUGAAGACACAUCUCUGAGGAACACACUGGAGGGCAGCAGUGCAGCUAUCCCAAACAUCCCAGAGGAUCAAGAUGCUGGUGACACAUCCAGCGAGUCCAGAUCCACUCCACCACCCAGGAGACUACGCAAGGUACGGGAUAAGAGGCCUGAUAAGAAAGCAACUCGACAUGUGAGGGAGGAAAGAGCGCAAACAAAACGUUAGGUGUGUGCCUAAUAUAGUGUGUGUGCUCUGCUUUGGUGACGGCCAGAUAUUCCUGGUUUUCAUCAACCUGCCUUAUUGUACUUUUCGGGAGAGAUGCCACACAAGGAUGACCUGUCUAAACCAUUGGAGUAUAGCUUUCUUAAAGUGAAUUUCUGUGGUGUUUGCAAGUUUUCUGCAUCCAGCUAACUGCCCAUCCAUGACACCAAUUCAUUGUUCCUACACCACAGCUUCACAUCUCACAGUCAGUGUCGUGUUUGUACAAAGUCUUAUGUUUACAAGAGUGCAUUGCAAUACCAUGUAUUCAGUUCCAUUUUUUUUCCACUGUGAGCACAAUGCCUGUAUGUACAAAGCUAUUUUUAGACUGAUAACAAGUAUGAAUACUCAAGGGAAUGUUUGGAACGGGAUGAUCGCUUCCUUUUUAUUGUAAAUUCAGGUGUAGAUAUGAGAAGUUAGCAAGAACUGCCACCAGAGUGCCAAUAAUAAUGAUAAUAACAAAAUCCUGUAAAAAUUUGUCAUCUGGAAUUCUGAGAUAGGAAAAAGGAAUGUCAAGUAUAUAACCUGUACAUGAUCUUUUUUUCUGGCAUUCGGGAAAAAAAUAAGAACUAAUCUGAUUUAAAAAGGCCUUUUUUUGCCUCGCACUUAAAGUUUGUUGUUUAAAUUCCUCAUAUGUGCAUGCUGUAUUUAAUUUAGGUUUUGUGUUAGAGAAUGUAGCAACAAACAGCAGAAUUUUGCCCCUAGGUUUUGUUUUACCAAAGCUUUAGCCCCAAACACAUCACCAUGAUAUUAUUUAACAGCUGUCAAUCAUGAUUGUUUGUGCAUAAAUGUUUUGGUGGACGAUAUCAUUUACUGACCAACAGACUGCUUAAUUUUACAUUUUUCAACAAACAGGAAGCUUGUUGCCAUGUAGCAGAGGAACAUGAUCUGGGGUUUGGCAGGCAAAUCGAUUUUGGUAUAAUGCUGAUAAAAAUAGUUCUGCAUGACUGAAAAUAAUUUUCUGUUCUUUUGUAGAUAGCGUCUAGUCGAUUUUCACGUUGUACUGUGUGUCAUUUAUGUAAAUUACUGACCACUUCAAAUGGGGAAGUUCUCUCAUUUCUUCAAUGCUUUGCUGACCAGUUUGUGAUUUGCAGUUUUUGUGCACAUCAAUAAAGGAACUAGCC